AUGAGCGUGCGACAAUCAUCCUUCAGCUUGGCGCCUCCUGGACCUGGACUUGAAAGACGUCCUUCGGUGGUAUCGCGUUUAUCCUCCGUCUUUUCGAAUGCAGAUCAAGAAACAGGGAGUACGGCACGGACAGGGGCUGGACUUAUCGAGGAGGAGAUUGCCGAGAUUAAGAGAUAUGAACUGGACCAGGACUUUACAACAAUAGACUGGGUGCAAGAUGCGGCGCGAGAACAAGCUAAGCGUAAGGCGCGAAGAAAGCAAGCGGCCGGCCUCUACGAUAAAGGACAACCUGGCUGGCGAUAUCAGCUGUGGAAGAGUUAUGAUGCAGCGCAAGCCUGGAUCGUGGUAACAAUCAUUGGUAUUGCUAUUGGCUUGAAUGCAGCACUACUCAAUAUUAUCACGGAAUGGCUCUCAGACGUCAAGAUGGGCUAUUGCGAGACAGGCUUCUAUCUGAAUGAGAACUUUUGCUGCUGGGGAGAAGAGAAUGGCUGCGAUCAGUGGCACAGAUGGACUGGCUUCGAACCCUUCAACUAUUUUAUCUAUUUUGUCUUUGCAACCCUAUUUGCUUGUGUUGCGGGCACCUUGGUCAAGUCUUUUGCACCAUACGCCGCCGGUUCGGGUAUUUCUGAGAUCAAGUGCAUCAUUGCCGGGUUUGUUAUGAAAGGCUUCCUUGGAUGGUGGACCUUGAUCAUCAAAUCAGUCUGCCUCCCUCUAGCUAUCGCCUCUGGAAAUGUGAUCUCUCGGCUUUUCGACAAAUACAAACGCAACGCUUCUAAGACUAGGGAGUUUCUGAGCGCCUCGGCAGCUGCCGGCGUGGCUGUCGCCUUUGGCAGUCCUAUCGGCGGCGUGCUUUUCUCUCUUGAGGAAAUGUCGAACCAGUUUCCUCUCAAGACAUUAUGGCGAAGCUAUUUCUGUGCCCUGGUAGCGACAGCUGUUCUCGCUGCUAUGAACCCUUUCCGAACGGGCCAACUGGUCAUGUUCCAGGUCGAGUAUAAGAACGACUGGCAUUUCUUCGAGCUGCUAUUCUACGUCCUGAUUGGUAUUUUCGGAGGUCUCUACGGAGCCUUUGUGAUUAAGUGGAAUUUGCGGGUUCAGUCAUUCAGAAAGAAGUACUUGAAAGAGUAUGCGGUUCUCGAAGCAACUUUACUAGCAGCGGGAACUGCUAUUAUUGCCUACCCCAACGCCUUCUUGAGGAUAGACAUGACAGAGAGUAUGGAGAUUCUCUUCUCGGAAUGUGGACGUGGAGAAUCGUACCACGGUCUUUGCGAGCCUGACAAGAGAUGGUGGAACGUAAUUUCACUGUUCCUGGCGACGUUCCUGAGACUUUUCCUGGUUAUACUAUCCUAUGGAUGCAAGGUUCCCGCCGGUAUCUUCGUUCCUUCAAUGGCCAUUGGAGCGUCCUUCGGAAGAACAAUUGGAAUCCUUGUUCAAGCUAUUCAUGAGGCCAAUCCCACCAGCGUCUUCUUUUCCGCAUGCAAACCUGACGAGCCUUGCAUCACACCAGGUACAUAUGCCCUACUAGGAGCCGCUGCAGCACUCAGUGGCAUCAUGCACAUCACCAUAUCUGUGGUGGUCAUCAUGUUUGAGCUCACAGGUGCUCUGAACUAUAUUCUCCCCACCAUGAUCGUCGUCGGAGUCACCAAAGCCGUCAGCGAAUUGUUUGGCAAGGGAGGCAUCGCAGAUAGGAUGAUAUGGUUCAGUGGAAUGCCAUUCCUUGACAGUAAAGAGGAGCACAAUUUUGGAGUUCCUGUUUCAGCUGUCAUGAGAACCUCUGUUGUCUCGAUGCCCGUUCAUGGACUUACCUUGGGCGAGGUCCAGAGCCUCCUUGCUGAUGAUCGAUACCAAGGCUUCCCCGUGGUGGAAGAUAAACACACCAAGGUACUUGUUGGUUAUAUCGGUAGGACGGAGUUGCGAUAUGCCAUUGAUAAGAUGAGUCGAACCUCACCGUUAUCAGAGACUGCAAAAUGCACAUUUGCACCAUCGUCGGCAAAUCUAUCCAGUACAUCGCUCAACAACAUCCAUAGCGAGUCGUCUCACUCUUCAACUCUCGACUUUAGCCGAUAUGUCGAUGCAACACCCGUCACAGCUCACCCGAGACUACCCCUCGAGACUGUCAUGGAGUUGUUCCAAAAGAUCGGGCCUCGAGUUAUAUUGAUUGAAUAUCAUGGCAAGCUCACCGGUCUCGUAACCGUCAAAGACUGUCUGAAAUACCAAUUCAAGGUCGAAGCCGCCGAGAACCCCAAGGAUGAUCAUCGUAUCGAAGAGGGGCAAGAACAACUUUGGAACCUCUUUCAAAGAGCCGGUAACUGGUUCUCUGGUCGAGUCUCAAGAUACUCAGGAGGCCGAAUUCGCCUGACAAGCAGUUCUGGAGGUGAGCGGCCACUGGGGAGAGGGCAAAUAUUAGAUGGUGACGAGGAGGUGCUCGAUGAGGGUGUCGAGCUGGAGAGUCGGCGGUAA